UUACAUUUAUUUGCAGUAUUUAAAUCGAAAUCUAUAUUCGUUAUUGACAAUGUCUCAAAUAAUCGUACGAAGAGCUAGGCGUGAAGAUUGUAAAGCCGUGCAAAAACUUUCAAAGGAACUGCUAAACUACGAAAAGCUGUCCGAUAAACCAGAAAUUGAUGACAAAACCUUCGAAAGAGAUGGUUUCGACGGGCAACCUUUAUAUUUGUGUAACGUGGCAACAUGUGAUGAAAAGAUCAUUGGAUACGCAGUCUCUCAUUAUACUUAUUCAACAUGGUGUGGAAAAGGUAUGUUGCUGGAAGAUAUUUAUGUAACACCGAAUUUUCGAGGGAAACAUGUUGGCAGCAAGCUUCUAAAAGCCGUCGCGAUGGAAGCAAUUGAGAAUGAUUGUCACAAACUAGACUUUGUAGUUCUUGAGUGGAACCCAGCGCAAGAAUUUUACAAAAGACAUGGUGCCAUUGAUCUGACAUCUAAGGAACCGUGGCAUCGUUACCGUAUUUUUGAAGAAAAUUUGAAAAAAUUGGCAUCUGAUUGUGAAUACGUGUAUCGCAAUCGCCGGAAUUUAUAUUUGUUUUCGAUAAUGUCUGAAAUAAUCAUACGAAAAGCUAGACGUGAAGAUUGUGAAGCCAUCAGAAUGCUCAUACAGGAAUUGGCAGACUACGAAAAAAUGCCCGAUGGACCAGAAAUUGAUUAUAAAACCUUAGAAAGAGAUGGCUUCGACGGACAUCCUUUAUAUUUCUGUAACGUAGCAACAUCUGAUGAAAAGGUCAUUGGAUAUACUUUGUCUUAUUACACUUAUUCCACAUGGUGUGGAAAAUCUAUGUAUCUGGAAGAUAUCUAUGUAACGUCGGACUUUCGAGGAAAACAUGUUGGCAAGAAACUUCUAAAAGCUGUUGCAAAGGAAGCAAUUGAGAAUGAUUGUCAUAAACUAGACUUUGUGGUUCUUAAGUGGAAUCCAGCACAAGAGUUUUACAAAAUGUAUGGAGCCAAUGAUCUGACAUCAAAGGAACAAUGGCACUGUUAUCGUUUCAUCGAAGAAGAUUUGAAAAAAUUAGCAUCUGAUUGUGAAUAGCAUGAAUAAGAUAUUCUAAUUAUUGACAACGGCAAUCAUUAAAAUAGGGUGGCUAUUAGAAUUGUGUUAAAACAAAUGUUUGUCAAAACAAAGUAGGAAAAUAUAAUGGUUUAUUUUCAACAUAAUCCUAAUAGUCACCCUGCAGUAUUAUAUAUACAAAUACUUAAAAUGUAUCAAACUCACUUCAAAGUAAAAUGUUAAAAAAAAAUUGUGUCCCGUUUCAAAACAAAUGGAUUACUAUAUGUUUUGUAAUUAAACUCUUUGUAUUUUUCAUCUUUUCUCUUUUUCUCUCCAAUAUAUCUAACUGUAAGCUAUAACUUAGAUCAAUUCUACUAAUUUAAGGGCCAGUUGUUCCACCUUUUGAUAAAUUUUACCUGCUAGGUAAAUCUGCCAAUCCACGCAUGUGAUUGAGUAAUCUUGCUACUUACCCGACAGGUAAAAUUUACGAAAAGGUGGAACAACUGUUGAACUGUGCCUAUG